CCCACUUGCCCGCCAAACAAUAACAAACUGCAUUGCGGUUGCCAAAUAAUGCAUUUCCUUUCAAAUUGCAAUUGCAUUCCUCUGAAAAUAAUUUCCGAGUGAUCUUAAUAUUGAAUGUUGAAUUGGAAUGAGGUAAUUGCUUUUCCACUGUAAAAUUGCAAGGUGCAUUUCUGAUUUCUCUAAAAUAAUUUUCAACUGACACUACCAUGUGAGUAUGUGAUUGAAUGUUGAACUGCAAUAUGGUUUAUGGUUAUGGUUUUUCCAUCUAGAGAUCUCAGGAGACAUUUACACCAAAAUCUGGGGAAAUAAAGUUUAAGCUUAGCUUGGGCUGGUCUCAAGCUCAAGAUCGAAAGCCCAUUCAACAUUUUCUAGAAACGGUACCACGUGUCGGUUAGGAAAGGCCGGGAACCUUCUAGAACCCGCUGGAUGCUUCUCGGCCUAUCCCUAACCAAUCCCCAUCCCCAAAUCCCCUUUCUAGACGCGCUUUCCAUCCUCUGGAAACAAUUGCGCUCUCUGGAUCUUCAUCUCCGUCUUCCCCCGUCUCAAGGAGCACUAUUCCCGGCCAGGUUCCCAAUGGCGUCGCCGGCGGCGGGGACGCCGCCGUUCCUGACGAAGACGUACGCGAUGGUGGAGGACCCGAGCACCGACGAUACCAUCUCGUGGAACGACUCCGGCACGGCCUUCGUGGUGUGGCGCCCCGCCGAGUUCGCCCGCGACCUCCUCCCCAAGCACUUUAAGCACAGUAACUUCUCCUCCUUCGUGCGCCAGCUCAACACCUACGGAUUCAAGAAGGUUGUGGCGGAUAGGUGGGAGUUCGCCAACGACUGCUUCAAGAGAGGGGAGAAGCACCUGCUCGGGGGCAUACAGAGGAGGAAGGGUUCGGGGACCGGCGCGGUGACGCCGGCUGGAGGGAUACCGACGGCGAUACCGAUCUCAUCCCCGCCGACGAGCUCCGGCGGGGAGCCCGCGGUGUCGUCGUCGCCGCCGCGCGGCGCGGCGGCGGCGAUUGCGGCCGGGUCCGCGGCGGGUGUGAGCGGCGCGGUGGCCGAGCUGGAGGAGGAGAACGCGCGGCUGCGGCGCGAGAACGCGAGGCUGGCGCGGGAGCUCGCCCGCGCGCGACGCCUCUGCGACGGCGUGCGGCGCCUCGUGUCGCGGUACGACCACGGCGGCGGGGAGGAGGAGAAGGAGGGCGACGAGGGCUCCGUCGGGAAGCCGAUGCUGUUCGGCGUCGCGAUCGGCGCCAAAAGACCGCGCGAGGAGAACGGGGAAGACGAGGAGGACGAGGGGGGGGCCGACGAGGAGGACGGCGAAGACGAGGACGAGGAAGACGACGACGAGAGGCACGCGGCGCGGCGGGGGGGCCCCGUGAGGGAGGGGAAAGCCAGGAGGACGGAGCUGUCGGAUCUGGAUGUGCUCGCUCUGUCAGUACGGGCGGCGGCCGCGGCGAGGUCGGGGUCGGGCAGGGGCUCCCGUGACCGCAAGAGCUCGGUCUCGUAGCGGUUGCUCUUGGUUUAGAUGCGUUGAUGUAGUCGUGAACUGAGAAAUUUGGAUGGCACCUGCCAUUGAGCCAUCGAUUUCUUUUUGGUUCGUAGUACCGAAUACUAGUAUACUACCCUCACAUUCUUUAGGGAGCUCACAAUAUAUCGUAGUCUUGGUUGUCAUGAUGAUGUAAAUUAUGAUUGUAGUUAAGCCAUUCUAACCUUUUAAACGGUCUAUUGUAGCUCCAUGCAAUGAAGGAGAAACUCGAAUUCGGUUCGUCCUA